AUGACAGAGACGGGCUUGAAAAUCAGUAAAACGCGUAAAAUUUUGAUCAUUAUUAAUAUUUUUCUCGUCGCUGGUUUAGCUGUUGGUCUUGUUUUUAAAUACAGACCGGGUUCUCAUUCUGAAAGAGCUGAUAUUCGAACAGUAGGACUUACUCAACCAACAAUAAGAACAAAUGCGGCGACUACAACUUCAACUACCACAGAGCGUGUUAAACCGUUCAUAUUGAUUCUGGGCUCUAGUUCAAAGCUUAUUGACAAUUCUUUUCUUGUUUCUGAAGAUGGACUCGUUCAAAAAAGAGUUGGCAUAAUUGAUUCUUUUGAAAAUCAUGGCGAUUGGGGUCCUUUUGCUUCAAUUGAAGGCGAGCUUUUUAUCUUCGGAGGAGAUUUUUAUAAGCAAAGGAUCCUGAAAUUAAUAAACUGCGAGUUGAUCGAGCAAUCAGCAAGGCUAGUUCAUGAAAUUGAUUCAACUGCAAGCGCACUUUCAAUAAGCGAUGGAUCAAAAGCUCUGAUCUGCUUUCCUGGAGGCGAUGGCUCAAGAAUGACGAAAGAAUGUGAGAUUUUCGACGGCCGUAGAUCUGAGAAAACGUUUUCUUCAAUAUUCAGCCAUGCCAGUGGGAAACUCGCUCUUUACAAGGGCAAAGCUGCUGCAAUAGGAGACUUAGUCUGGGUUCAAAAUUAUCGAGGAAGUGGCAAUAACUGCGAAGCUUGUAAAAGCAAACUCAGGGUGGAAAAGCUCGACCUCUCUCGCUCUGGUUGGUAUUCCAUGCCGGACUAUCCGAGACUGGCCGAGAGAGUUCUCGCGAUCGGUUUUGAAAGUGGGAAUUUAUUGGUCGCUGGUCGCUUUAACGGAGUUUUUCUUCUAGCAGGCUCUGGCUGGAAAGAGAUCGGCGUGCCCAUUACAGUAAGAUUUGAAUGUGAUAAAUUAAUGUAUCAUUGA